UCAUCUUUGUCUUUUGUUUCGCUACGCCAAUACGGAGUACUGUAAUACUAGACAGGCAAACGUCUGGAAAACCCCUGGGUAUGAGUGCCCCUGCUGUGGCUCGUACGUUUCCCGUUGUGGCUGGUACGAUUUCCCCCAGCCCCUGUCCUCCUCUCAUCCGUCCCGUAUACCGCGCCUCACCACUGGACGCCUGUCACCUUGCUUCCUGGGCGACUCCACCAGGACCGGUAAACAUGUGCGAGGGGCGACCUGCGCCGCCUGGACAGCCAUGAUCUGCCUGUCUUUUAUGCCCUCUCUCGCCGUCGUCAUGUUCCUCUGCUGCGCUGUCGCUGCUCACUGACCCCCUCUCGCAGCAUGCUCCCCAUCCGUCUACGACUCGGUAGCUGCGCCUAGCCAUGCUGGAUCUCCUGACUGCUAAACACAGCCAUGAGUACUCGCCCCAGAGCCGCCCAGAUCCCUCACCCUCCGGCCAUGUCUUCUCUCUCCCGCAGAUGCCUUUCCACAUCUUCAAUUCACUCUUGCCGAACCAUCCCUCGUCGUCCCCCUCCGUCCCAGAGCUUGCGAGCCCGCCCCUUCGCUCUCUCGAGACUCCACCAUCUAUAAACCUCAUGACUUCCGAGUUAGGCACUCCUGCCUACUCUUCUCCCUCCGCCUCUCGUCCGGCCUCCGUCAGUAGCACCGCGUCCUUCGACGGCAAGCCCAAGAAGAAGACGCACCGACCCAGGACGACCUACAACCUCGCCCAACCUCCUCCCAUUGCCGGCCCUCGCCAUAAACUCCACCUCCGUCCCAAGGUCCUCCUGCAGCUGCACCAAGUCAUUCCCGGCCGUCGCCCAAAGCCCGUCUACGAAGUCAUCCCAUUUUCGCUCCUAGCCCCUCGCUCCACUCGCCGGCUGGCCCGCACCUUCAACACCAAGGAGAGGUUGGGUCCCCAGGACUUGUUGGUGGUCAAGGCAGAAGCAUACGAGAAUAUCUCCGACGAGGAGAGGUCCGACGAUGAGCGAUGGGGGACGAGGGAGGUCGUUGGCAUCAUCUGCCCUGCUAGGAGGGCCGACAAGGAUCCAGGCGACAAGACGGAGCUUCUCCUAGACGAUGGCACGAGCUGGGAGGUCACCAACAUGCCCAAUGGGGGUUACGAGUUUUCCUUCACCGACGAACAUGGCCUGACCCUCAAACGCCGGUGGGUGCCCAAGAUGCCACACAGUCGCCGUGUAUCCACCAUGGCCAACACCCCUCAUUCCCCCGUCUCACCUGCGCUGGCGCAAGAAGACAGGAAGUUCAACUUCAGCACCAUCAGCCCCAACUCCAGACGUCACCCCAUCAUUGGUAGCAUCUCUAGAACCAGCAUCGACGUCUUGGAUGCUUACACUAUACCCCCUGCAACCACAACAUCAACGCCCGGCUUGGCCCAGUCUCCUUUUGCAACUCCUUUACCUACACCUGCUAGCGUUCCUGAAUCCGUUUCCUUCUUAGAUAAGAGCACAGAACUGCCACUCGCGACAACCGACGAUGCUCUCCGCAUCUUCAUGGUACUCUCUGGCAUCUGGGUUGCCUUCUCCGAAAACUGGUCUCCCGCAUAUUCUUCGUCUAAACAUUUGGCCUGCACGCCCACAGCCUGUCGUCCUGUUCCGAACCGCGCAGUAUCCAUGUCUUUUGUUGAUACCCCCCGUUCCGCCUCUCCCGCUUCCACGGGUGAGGACAACCGUCGCACCUCAUUGCCUAGACUAUUUCGAUCCACUGGUCAAAAGCCUCCAAACGGCCACAGCACGCCAGCAUCCAUCGCUAAUUCUCCAGGGUCUGCAACCACGACCCCUUCCUCGACACAACCCGCGCUCAAAACCCGCUCUCGCCGCGCCAACUCCACCGGCAACGCCGAACUCAUCUCCAAGAACGGCGCGAGCCGCAAACGCUACGGCCUCGCCUUCGAAGACCAGAGCCUCCCUGAGACGGAGGAGGAGCGCCAGAGCAAGCGCAGUAUCGAGCUGCUGCGUAUGAAGGAACUGGCUCGUACGACUCCUCCUGUGCCUGCUCCCCCUUUUCCAUCUUCGGACAAUGGGCUUGCUCCUCCCACCCACUCCUUGCAGCCACUUAACGGAGACGAACCAUCCCGUGACCCGUCUCCGGUGCCGCGGGCCGAGAAGACGCGAAAGACGCAAUCUGCGUACAAUCCCAUUACUACCAAGGGCCUGUGGGAUUCGGAAGUCGUCGAUGGGCCUGGUGGCAAGAAGCGGCGACCGACGAGCUUGGUGGUGCUCAAGUCGAAGAAGGAGAAGGAGCAGAAGAAGAAUAAGAAGCAAGAAAAGGGCAAGAGGAGGGAAAAAGAGAGAGAGAAGGAGAAUGAUAAAGGGAGGGAGGUGUCACCGAAAUCGUCGGGUGGCUUGAGACGCUUGUGGGGCUUGUUUCAUAGGCAUAAAGAGUAGGACCUUCCUACUCUCGUUGAUUGUCAUGUUGUUGCAUUGUGCUGAUGAGCAUGCAUAUUGCAUAUUAGGCGCAUCUUUUGUCCCUUUGGGAUUCGACCACCCUCUUCUUCUGUAAGACGGUGACUUGUAUAUAGCGGAGCUCCUCUCACUCCUCACUCUUACUGUUGAUUGCUUCCGAAUGAUGCGUUUCAAGCGCUGCAAUGCCAUGUACGGCCUUCCUUCCGCAUGUAUUCCCCCUGCCGUGUAAUCUAUAGACGAGGUAAAUACAAAGUCGAUGAACUCGUGCAGUAUAGCUUAGCAAGUAUACAUCAGCAAUUGAGAGGCCAGAUUCUUUU